ACGGUAGAAAUGGCAGACUGUCAUGGCGUAUCUCCCGUGUUUUUCGUUGUUAGCAACAUUCCUGUCACUUUUCACUCAGCGGACCUCAGGAAUUAUUUCAGCCAGUUUAUAGAAAGCGGCGGCUUCCACUGUUUUCAUUAUCGCCACCGACCAGAGGUGCUCAGGGAGCCGCAAGGUUGUGGGGAUAGCGAGGAGGACGGCUACAAGUCUUCGGGCAGCGACAUGGCAGCUGCUAAUGCUAACAACAACGACAAGAAAAGAGAGACUGUCAAAUCUUGCUGUUGUGUCGUGUCUGCUCACGGAAAAGAAGCUGACAGAUUCGCCAGGAUGUACGGAGGGAACCAUUGGAUCGAUUCGAAGGGCAGCUGGUUGUCCGGAAGAUGUGUUGUUAAAAGAGUGAAGGUUUCACAACACAACGAAAAUUCGCAAUUUCCGUAUAAGACGAGGUAUGAGCAGCGGCAAAGGGUGGCCGAAACCGAGCAUUUCACCAUCACUGACCUCAACAGCUUAUCGGAGCUCAAUCCACCUGCCCUAAUGCAGAAUGGAAACGUGGGCACGCCAGUCAAAGUCUUCCUGCAGCUCAUCCAGUCCUGUCGCCUCCCUUCACGCCUCAUCCGGAAGUUGGGCCUCACUUUCCCCAAGACCGGCUCCAACCGUCGUUAUGGAAACGUGCCUUUCCAGUACCAGGACACUUGCACACUACCAGCCACAGAAGAGACUGUUUUAACCGCUGGUGGGCAUGAGAUAUCGGGGCCGGGUGCCUUUGCAGCUCGGAUGUCAACACAGACGCAGCAGGCUGGUGACUGUGAGACAACAGAGAGCGAUGAUCCACAGGGAGACGAAGAAGAGAAGGAUGUUGAAUCAAAUUCAGAUGAUGAUGACGACUUCUGUGAGGAGUGGGAGCGUCAUGAAGCGCUGCAUGAUGACAUCACGAGCCAAGAGCGAAGCAAAGAGAGGCUGUAUGAAGAAGAAAUUGAGUUGAAGUGGGAAAAGGGUGGGUCAGGCUUGGUGUUCUACACUGAUGCCCAGUACUGGCAAAAAGACGAAGGAGAUUUUGAUGAGCAAACAACAGAUGACUGGGAUGUUGACAUGAGUGUCUACUAUGAAAAAGACGGUGGUGACAUGGAUGCUCGUGACUAUGUCCGAAUGCGACUUGAGAAAAGGUUAAGAGAAGGUCUUGAAUCUGGAGUGGCACACAAUCAGGCCAUUGGCAGUUUUGAAAAGUUCACAAAGGGCUUUGGUCGCCGUGUGAUGGAGAAGCAGGGCUGGAAGGACGGCGAAGGCUUGGGGAGCAGUCAAAUUGGGAUUUCAGAAGCCCUGGAAAAUGAAGGCAAACAUCCACGCUGCAAACGAGGGUUCGGGUAUCACGGUGAAAAGUUAAAUUUACAUAAUGCUAAAAGACCUAGAAAAGAAUUUCUUGUGUCUACAAUCUAUGAUAAACCCAAAGACAUGGAUAAAGGCGACAGCUUGCUCAGACGUCAACCAAAUACCGGCAUGAAGUACAGAGGCUGGCAGCCAAGUGGCAGCGGUCGAUCACAAAGAUGACAUUUUUUUAAUUAAUUUUAUAUACAAUUGUAUAAAACCCUUUACAAAAAUGCAUUUGUAUUUUGUUGUUACUUAAAACAUAAAUAGUACCUGUAUUCAAGGUAUUAAAAUAUGCACAACUAUAUUUAUUAAAUGUUCAUUAAUCCCCAGAGGGGAAACUCUUUA